UCCCCACUUGCCCUCAAUUUUCUCACCUCUCCCCUGUUUUUAUACAUUCAAAGAGUUGGAGAGAGGAGAGAAAGAGAGAUGAAAAACAGAGGUUAGAAACUGAAAACCCUAGAAAUUUCAAUCCCCUUUCUCUACUCACUCUUCGUUCAAUUCUUUUCACAGUUUCAUCGAUUUUGAUCUUUUAAUUCUUAACCAAAUGAAUAUUCAAGUAUAAUCCGUAGUAUCCCCUUUUCUUCAAUGGCAACAUCAUCAGUAGCAGCAGAGUCAGAGGUACCACUAUGGUUAAGAAACUUACCAUUAGCACCAGAGUAUCACCCAACUUUAGAAGAAUUCCAAGACCCAAUUUCAUAUAUACUAAAGAUUGAAAAAGAUGCAUCAAAAUAUGGAAUCUGUAAGAUCAUACCACCAAUAUCAUCUCCACCAAAGAAAACAGCAAUUACGCAACUCAAUCGUUCUUUAUCUGCAAGAAAUCCAAACUCAGUCUCUAAAACUCUACCUACAUUUACUACUAGACAUCAACAGAUCGGUUUCUGUCCUCGUAAACCACGGCCUGUACAGAAACCAGUAUGGCAGAGUGGAGAGGCUUACACUGUACAGCAAUUUGAAGCAAAGGCAAAGGCGUUCGAGAGGAGUUAUUUGAAGAAGAGUGCGAAGAAGAAGGUGUUUAGUGAACUGGAGAUUGAGGCUUUGUUUUGGAAAGCUAGUCGUGAUAAGCCAUUCACUGUGGAGUAUGCCAAUGAUAUGCCAGGGUCUGCAUUUGUACCGAUUAAUGAGAAGAAAUGGAGAGAAUCAGGGAUACCGACGACAGUUGGGGAGACUGUAUGGAAUAUGAGAGGUGUUUCAAGGCAUAAAGAAUCGUUGUUAAGGUUUAUGAAGGAAGAUAUACCGGGUGUUACUUCACCAAUGGUGUAUUUAGCAAUGUUGUUUAGUUGGUUCGCUUGGCAUGUAGAGGAUCAUGAUUUGCAUAGUUUGAAUUAUUUGCAUAUGGGUGCUGGAAAAACUUGGUAUGGAGUUCCUAAAGAUGCGGCAGUGGCAUUUGAGGAAGUGAUUCGAGUGCAUGGAUAUGGUGGAGAGGUUAAUCCGCUCGUCACUUUUGCUACCCGCGAGAGGACUACAGUGUUGUCUCCUGAAGUACUUAUUGGUGGGAUUCCUUGCUGCGGUGAUCUUUUUUUAACUGCUAACCUUGCUGGUGUCUUUGUUGUCACUUUCCCAAGAGCUUACCAUUCAGGAUUCAGCCAUGGUCAGAUUCAAUUUGGGGAGGCAGCAAAUAUUGCAACACCAGAAUGGUUGACAGUUGCAAACGAAGCUGCAAUUCGCAGGGCUUCUAUUAAUUGUCCACCAAUGGUGUCUCAUUUACAGCUUCUAUAUACACUAUCACUGUCAUUAUGUCCUAGUGUACCUAGGAACAUCAGCAGCGAUGAGCCACGCAGCUCCAGACUAAAAAAUAAGAAGAGGAGUGAAGGACAAACCAUGAUUAAAGAGUUAUUUGUGCAGAAUAUGAUACAGAAUAACAACCUAAUUCAUCUUCUUAUUGAACAAGGAGCUUCUUGUGUUCUUCUGCCACAAAGUUCUUUAGAAACAUUUGAAUGUUCAAAUUUAGGUGUUGGAUCCCAAGUUAAGGUAAAGCCGAGGUUGUCACUUGGUUUAUGCACCAACAAGGAAUCACUUGAAGCCUCAAAAACUUCUCUUUCCAAUAUGGACAGAAACAUGGGGGUCAGGCCUUAUAAUGGUGGUUCACUGAAAGGAAAAUCUAAUCUGGAAUUGGGAGGAAACAGGCUUUCAUCCUCAUCACUAAGCAGAAAUGGUUCAUAUGAAAAUACUAACUUGUUCACUCCCACUUCAGUCAUAGGGAACCCUAACAAAACAAGCACUUCACAGAGUCUAGGUAUAGAACAAGGACUUUUUACGUGUGUCACAUGCGGGGUAUUGACCUUUGGAUGUGCAGCUGUAAUUCAACCCAGUGAUGUUGCUGCUAGAUACUUACGUUCUGCUGACUGUGGUUUCUUUAAUGAGUGGGCAGUUGGUUCUGGAGAUAGAUACCCUGUUGCUGAGGAAGUAGACGAUACUCCUGAGGCUGACCACCCUUCAGGACAAACAGAGAAGAGUGACCAUGAUGGCCUACAUAAUGUAGACUUGGUUCCAGAAAGGGUAAAAUCAGCUUUAGAUACCGGAACCAACAAGGAUGUUACUUCUCUUGAUCUACUAGCUUUUGCAUAUGGGAACUCGUCAGAUUCCGAGGAUGAUAACGCAAAUGAUAGGGGAGACUGUUCACUAUUUCAUCAACAUAGCGAGUUCUUAUCCAACGGUUUCGGAUCCCAUUCCCUUGAGCAUGAUUCUGUAGAUGCAACAGUUGAGAGUAGCUCCUAUCUUUCACGGAGACAAGGUUAUGGGACUGACAGGUUUAUCAAAACUUAUCAACGAACCAAGGUUUCUGAUAGGAAGCAGAAACAGAGAAGUCAUGAUGCUGAUAUUAAAGGUGUAGAGGCUCCUCAUAUCUUCUCUGGGAAUAACACGCGGGAACUUGUGCACGGGGAAUCGAUUGGUGAUAAGGAUUCUUGUAGAAAUACAACAUUGACCGGAUAUGUUGAAUCCCAUCAGGGUGUUCUUUCAAAUAGUUCCACACGUCAUUGUUUGAGUGAACCAAGCAAGUCUACAAAUGCUGAGUUACCAUUGAAGAAUUCAAACAUGCAGAUUGUGCAAAGCUCUGAUGUGGACUCCACCAGAAAACAUAUAUUCUGCCUUGAACACGCUGUGGAGGUGGAAAACCAGCUGAGACCAAUCGGUGGAGUUCAUAUGCUGCUCAUUUGUAAUCCAGAGUAUUCCCAAAUUCAAGUUGAGGCAAAAUCACUGUCAGAGGAAAUGGGAGUAAAAAAACACUGGAAUGCCAUUCCGUUCAUUGAGGCCAGCAAAGAUGAUAUAGAGAGAACCCAAUCAGCUCUGUAUGACGAGGAAGCUAUUGCUGGUAAUGGGGAUUGGUCUGUAAAGCUGGGUGUCAAUCUCUACUAUAGCGUCAGUCUUAGCCAGUCGCCUAUAUAUAGUAAGCAAAUGCCUUACAAUCCAGUCAUCUAUAAGGCAUUUGGCCGCAGUUCUCCAGCGUUUAACUCCCCAACAGACCCUGAGUUUUCUACAAAGGGAUCUGGUAAGCAGAAGAAAAUAUUUGUUGCAGGUAGGUGGUGUGGGAAGGUGUGGAUGUCAAACCAGGUUCAUCCCUACCUUGUUGAUAGGCAGACCCAAGAAGAUUACCCCAUGACUUUUCACAGUCAUACAGUGCGUGAGUUUAAGCUCGAGGGAACACCUAACAUGGCCCACUUGACUGAGCAACUACUGGUUCCGAAGAAGAAUUCUUCACCGCAUGCAAGGACACCUGCUAUUGUAAAUAGAAAGCCUACACGGAAGAGGAAAAAUACAUCGGAAAAGCCUGCAACUAAGAGACAUCAGAGCUCCCAGCUGGACAACAGGCUGGUUGAGGCUGAAGUCGAGAUUGAGGAGGAAGAUGAACCUGCAGCAGAAGAGUUGUCCCCUGAAAGUGACUCCCCUCCUCUACGGGAGAGGCUACUCAGAAGUGGUGGUCGAACAAAACGUGAGGCUGCACGCCACCUCAGUAGUACCUUAAGGGGUGGUCGACAUUAUAGCUCAAAUAUGUAUAUAAAAGACCACAUUGACGAUGAAGAUGAAGUUGCAGCAGAAGAGUCGUCCCCUGAGAGUGAUUACCCUCUUCUCCAGGAGAGGCUACUCAGAAAUGGUGGUCGAAUGAAAGAUGACACUGAAGAUGAGGAUGAAGAUGAAGAUGAAGCUACAGCAAUAGAGUUCUCCCCUGAAAGUGAUCUCCCUCUUCUACCAGAGAGGCCACACAGAAGUGGUGGCCGAAUGAAACAUGAGACUCCACGCCAUCUCAGUAGUACCUUAAGGGGUGAUCGACGAUAUGAUUCAAAUAUGAGUACAAAAGAUGAAAUUGAAGGUGGAUACAGCUCACGGCUUGGAAGGACGCCACGGAAGCGUUUUGUUGCUGAAGAAGAGGAAGAAGAAGAGGAGGAGUUGGUGGUGGUGGAGGAGGAGGAGGAAGAAGAAGAAAACAAUGUACCCAGUGCACGACCUAGAAGAACAACGUCAUGGAAGCAUGUUGUUGCUGAAGAAGAGGAAGAGGAGGAGGAAGAAGAAGAAGAAGAAGAAGAAGAAGAAGAAGAAGAAGAAGAAGAAGAAGAAGAAGAAGAAGAAGAAGAAGAAGAAGAAGAAGAAGAAGAAGAAGAAGAAAACAAUAUACCCAGUGCACAGCCUAGAAGAAGAGCACCGUGGAGGUCUGUUAUUGCUGAAGAGGAAGAGGAGGAGGAAGAGGAAGAAGAAGAAGAAGAAGAAGAAGAAGAAGACAAUACACCCAGCAAACGGCUUAGAGGAAAAACAUCAUGGAGGCCUGUUGUUGCUGAAGAGGAGGAGGAGGAAGAAUACAAUAUACCCAGCAAACGGCCUCGAAGAAGAACAUCUUGGAAGCCUGUUAUUGCUGAAGAAGAGGAAGAAGACGACAAUUUAGUGGUGGUCAGAGGGAAAGGGAAAAGGAGGGUGAAAGGGAAAGUGAAGAUAGAGGAAGAGAAGCAACCCAUGAGGAGAGCUAGAAAAGUUUCUUAUGCUAGUAGUAGGAACAAACUACCCUUGGAAGAUGCAGAAGGAGAGUACCACUGUAAUGUUGAAGGAUGCACUAUGGGAUUCAGCUCAAAGCAAGAACUCUCGUUGCAUAAGAAGAAUAUGUGUUCUGUGAAGGGGUGUGGGAAAAGCUUCUUCUCUCACAAAUACCUCAUGCAGCAUAGAAGAGUCCACUCCGACGAUCGUCCACUCAAAUGUCCAGUUAGAGGGUGCAUGAUGACGUUUAAGUGGCCGUGGUCUCGUACUGAACACAUUCGGGUACACACAGGUGACAGACCUUACCAGUGUCGUGACUGUAAUCAGUCGUUCAGGUUUGUAUCAGAUUUUAGCCGUCACAAACGAAAGACGGGUCAUUCAGUGAAGAAGGGAAGAGGAGGAAAGAAAUAGCUGGAAUUGGAGAGAAAGAAUGGAUGGCUGUAAAGUAAAAUGUAAAGCUCCGGAAGAUGGAAACACAGAUUGGCUAUCAUUGCACGCCACUAGCAUCUGAUAAAGUCGCAUAUUAACUAAGCGUUGAUUUAUACCUAGUAAAGCUUUUCCUUUGGCCAAUAGCUCUACAUGAGCUUUGGGUGCCUAAAGUAUGAGUUUCUAGAUGAAACUGUUCAUUUCCAUUGAUAGAAGGAUAGGACUGGAUUGUAUUCUUCUUUUAUUUUAAAAAGCCGUUGUAUCUGUUUUUUCAUGGACCUAUAUUUGGAUCCAUACGAUUAACAUUUAAACACCAGAUCAAUUGCUUGCGACUUGGAAACAGAUUUAUCUUUCACUACA